UGGAACAGUAGUAUCGUCUCGCGAGGUCAAACUACGAGAAGUCUAAAGAAUGUCAUCCGUCGAUCACUACAAGGUGAAAAUAUAGAUACUGUUAUAAUGGGAGGUUCAAUCUCAGCAGGUGGAGGAUUAAACUAUGACAGAGAAGACCUCAGGGGAGUGUACUACCGCGUUUUUGCUGACUGGUGGCAAAAAGCCAUCCAACCUUUUACGGGUUCUUCCAUCAAACUUCAUAACUUGGCUGUAGGCGGAACAGGAAGUAACUUUUUCGCUUUUUGCUACAGAACUUUGCUAAAUCCAGGCACUGAUAUAGACUUGGCGUUUCUUGACUUUACAGUCAACGAUUAUGUACAGUUUUCAGGUUCCAAAUUUCCUAUAGCCUUACCACUGGAACAGCUUAUCCGAGAAGUUCUUAGCGAAACGAAGUCUCUACCAAUUUUUUUCAUUGACUUUGUAAGAGGGGUUUCCAAAAGUCCUACCUGCAAUAACUUAGAGAAUCACGGUCAAACAGUUCUCGCUCAAAACUAUGGAAUAACCUCAAUAACUCUCCGCAAAUUUUUCUGCUCGAAUCCAUCAAAUGGAAAAAACUAUCCAAGAAUGUUUGCUUCUGACGGAAACCACCCUAGUAUUCUGUCUCAUGCUGAGGUCGCUUUAUUGAUCAUAAAUUAUGUUCGAAAGACAAUUCUAGAAGUAAUUGACAAUAUAGCUAUUUCAAAGCAAAAGAGCAUAGUUUUUAACAAUUUUUCCACCAGCCUGAGUGACCUCCCAAAACCAGUGUUUAGGAGGAAUCUGAGAGAGUUUCUUGACAAACCACGCUGUUUUACGCAAAUAUUACCGGAUGCUACGAAAAAUUCGUCAUUGCAUCAAACAUUGCAGGUAAGAGAAAUCGAGAACUUCGGAUUUCGGGUUUUGCCGAAGACAUUUAUAAACCAACCUGGCCAGGUGAAUCCAGUCAUGACUCUUAACGACGGCUUCCAGAAAUUUCGGACGGAUGCUUAUCGAGGAUGGAUGGCGAAUUCUAUGGAUUCUCUUCUUGAACUGGAAAUAUUCCUCCCAUUAGUUGCAUUGUCCUCUAUGGAUAAACGAUUUAUGAUUAAGGGGGAACCCACAAGAAGUGUUGCUAUAGCCGUACGGACGCACAAUAAGGGGGCAAACGCCAGGGUGUGGAUAGACGAGUUCGAGGAAAAUGGAGUUUUAAUAAACACUAGCUCCAUGUAUGGACACACCAAACUCCAUACCAUUGUCCAGCACGUGACACAGGGUCGUCACGUUCUUAGCGUGAGGACGACGACAGCUGGGGUUUUUACUUUAGUGGGUGUUAUGAUUGGUCCAGUAUACAAGUGAAGAUUUUUUCCGAAGCUGUCCUAACCUGACUCAGUGGAAAAAAUUUUCAUUUGACCUUACCAUUUGACGACAUUCGGAGGCCAAAAUAAUUCGGAAUAUUCUUUGAAAAGGAAAAGAAAGAAAUAAAUAACAGUCUUCACGGCAGGAUAUUUGCCACUGGUCACGUACUAGUCCAGUCCCUAGCUCAACUUUGUUUUUUUGAGACACGUAUUUUUAAUAGGCCAUUUGCACGAUGACAUCAUUUUACUACUACGACCAGAAUCUUUCAGGGUUUUGCUUUCUUGUGCUAAUUAGGGCUUCGGGUAUUCAAAACUCACUGGGAUUACAAAAUUUAAAUAUGAAAGGAAAAACGAAAAGGAUUCUGGUCGUAGUAGUAAAAUGACGCCAUCGUGCAAAUGGACUAUUUAAGAUUUUUUAUAAACCUCUCUCUCACACUCAAGCAUUCAGAUCAAAAGCCAAACGAACCAACUUUAUCAUCAUCAGGUCGAGCCAGAUCGGGCAAAACGGACCAACCUCAUAAUUAUUAACGUUUCCCCUUCUUUGAUCGACUUUCAUAACUUGCCUAACUCUAAGGCCAUUAUUUAAAUUGAUCCUCCGUUAUGCAUUAGCCUAAAUUUCUCGACUUCUUUUUUCGUAACGUGCUUGCGAGGAAGCUAAAGUGGCUAACAGAGGGUCACCUUAGGAGGAAAGAUAGAUGGGAAAAGAGGAAGGGCAAGAGGGGAUGGUUCAAAAACAUACGUGUCUCUUUUGGCAAAAAUUCAUCAGCCAAAAGCAGAAGUUUGAACACUUGUGCUAGGCAGAGAACGUUCUGGAUGAUCACAGUUGGGUCUUUCAGAGGGAUAAGCAGUUAGAAAGAGAGGGCUAACGUUGAUCAAUGCAAAUUUAGGAGGCUUACCUCAAUGAUCUUUUAAUAGGGGUGUUUCUUAGUGCUUUGGAAACCAUUGUUGGUGCUUUUUUGUGUUGUGGGGUGGGCAUUGUUAAGUGUCUUCGUCCGUAACACCAAGGAACUACGAUUAAGAGUGAGUCUUGAAAGAAUGACGUCAGGCAAAGACAACACAGUUUAAACAUUGUAGAUCGCAAAAUAAGGAGUAGUAUAGGUUGCACCGGUUAGGCCUCUUUUUUGCGGUGGAAUCUCAUUCACUUGCGGUGGAAACAUUAACGACGAUGAUGUCAUUGAUUUUUUCUUUAUCUUAUGCAUAAAAUGCCUUGGGAUGCGGUGAUAUUUUAAGGUGACUGAAAUGUUAAUAGAUUUUAGAUCAGCAUUCUUUGUUUGAUGCUUGUUGUCGAAGGAAUAAGCGCUAAGAAACCUGUGACUCAAAAUCGCCGACCAAUACCAAAUAAAAUGAACGUUUCCCUCGCUUUCCGAUUUUUUAUAGCAGACAACAAAUUGCUCGUCUUGGUCUCCUGUUUUGUCAGGAAUGCCCCAGGGAACAAUUCUCGCGGACCUGUUUUGUUCAUCAUAUCUGGAAACGAUGUGCGAAGAUGACAACAAGAUUUACAAAAAUAUCCGACAUAAGUAGCCCUCAUUCCUACUAAUAUUUCGCCAUAAUGGUAUUAUUCUGAGAUCUGGCAACUAAACUUUUAAGUGAACAAAUGUGAAGUUAUGUGUGUGACACGCACCCAAAGCAAAUGUGGUGUAAAUUAUACAUUAGUUAGCGCAUUGAAAACAACAAAAUUUAGUGGGUUCUGUAAAAGACCUCGGCAUUACAACUUCCCAUGACCUUUCAUGGACUACAAAAGUGGCUGAGGUUGUCAGCAAUGGGUAAGAAGAUUUUUUUUCCAAUCAUACUCAGUUGUCUAACGUCAUUUGUUGUCAUUCGCUUUUAAUUCUGAGACUAAAAUUAUGCUUCGUUUAUGGCAGCUGUUGGACUACUGGGACGUCUCGCCCACCUGAAGUCUUCCGCGAAGAAGCUCCAAAAGUGACAAUGGUCUAGCUGGACGUUUGCCGCCAAGUCAACUCAUAUUGAUAAAAAAAAAUCAGGCAUGCCAGGCCAGGCCAGGUUGCGGGUGAAGGGCUUUAACCAAUUAGACUAGCAAACCAACUGAGAGCUGGUCAUUAAAGUGGUUGGAAGUAUACCCGCCAAAGAUGACACUUAAUCUGCGGCUUAACGGCCAAAAAAACGUGCAGCUUACAGGGGCGUAGCCAGCUUUUUUACUUUUUGUAGGCGCAUCCCUAAAGUGACCCGGUAAUACACAAGACAGAUCAGACUCUCCAGACUGUUAAUUGUAUGCAUAAUUAGUUGAAUCUGGAGUGUGUAUCUAAACUUCAAGAUAUUCAUCUCAGUACAGCAAUAAAAAAGCGCCUUUCUCCAACGAUACUUGCUACAGUCAAUCCGAAUAGCUGAAAAAGAAGUUCCAUCCUCCUGUUCCCGGAUGUAGCAAAAUCGUCAACGAUGUCUUCCGCGCUGAAUGACACAUCAUGCUUGUGGAUAUGCAUAUUAAGAGCAAGUCCACUCAAGCGAUCUUCUUUCAUCGUGGACCUCAGGUACGUUUUAAGAGCGACUCCGCGUAAAUAUCAACUAGACGUAGAAUUAGUCAAAAAAUGACCUGCCCUCAAACUCAACCAGAAUAAAGCCCUAUGGGCCCUAGUUACAAAAUCGUUGGUUUAAGUACGAUCGAGUGAAUAAUAUUUUUUUAACGAAUUUUUUUCUUCCCGAGGCCUAUUCCAUGUAUGGACACACCAAACUCCAUACCAUUGUCCAGCACGUGACACAGGGUCGUCACGUUCUUAGCGUGAGGACGACGACAGCUGGGGUUUUUACUUUAGUGGGUGUUAUGAUUGGUCCAGUAUACAAAUGAAGAUUUUUUCCGAAGCUGUCCUAACCUGACUCAGUGGAAAAAAUUUUCAUUUGACCUUACCAUUUGACGACAUUCGGAGGCCAAAAUAAUUCGGAAUAUUCUUUGAAAAGGAAAAGAAAUAAAUAAAUAACAGUCUUCACGGCAGGAUAUUUGCCACUGGUCACGUGCCAGUCCAGUCCCUAGCUCAACUUUGUUUUUUUGAGACACGUAUUUUUAAUAGGCCAUUUGCACGAUGACAUCAUUUUACUACUACGACCAGAAUCUUUCAGGGUUUUGCUUUCUUGUGCUAAUUAGGGCUUUGGUUAUUCAAAACUCACCGGGAUUACAAAAUUUAAAUAUUAAAGGAAAAACGAAAAGGAUUCUGGUCGUAGUAGUAAAAUGAGGCCAUAGUCCAAAUGGACUAUUUAAGAUUUUUUAUAAACCUCUCUCUCACACUCAAGCAUUCAGAUCAAAGAGGAAUCAAAAGCCAAACGAACGAACUUUAUCAUCAUCAGGUCGAGCCAGCUCUGGCAAAACGGACCAACCUCAUAAUCAUUAACGUUUCUCCUUCUUUGAUUGACUUUCAUAUCUUGCCUUACUCUAAUGCCAUUAUUUAAAUUGAUCCUCCGUUAUGCAUUAGCCUAAAUUUCUCGACUUCUUUUUUCGUAACGUGCUUGCGAGGAAGCUAAAGUGGCUAACUGAGGAUCACGUUAGGAGGAAAAAUAGAUGGGAAAAGAGGAAGGGCAAGAGGGGAGGUGCAAAAACAUACGUGUCUCUUUUGGCAAAAAUUCAUCAGCCAACAACAGAAGUUUGAACACUUGUGCUAGGUAGUGAACGUUCUUUAUAAUAACAGUUUGGUCUUUCAUGCAGAGGGAAAAGCAGUUAGAAAGAGAGGGCUAACGCUGAUCAAUGCAAAUGUAGGAGGCUUACCUCAACGGAUCUUUUAAUAGGGGUGUUUCUUAGUGUUUUGGAAACCAUUGUUGGUGCUCUUUGGUGUUGUGGGGUGGGUAUUGUAAGUGUCUUUUCAAUCUUCUGUAUUACGUCAUUUGGUGAUUAUAUCCGUCCGCAAAACCAAAAAACUACGAUUAAGAGUGAGUCUUGGAAGAAUGACGUCAGGCAAAGACAACACAGUUUAAACAUUGCAGAUCGCAAAAUAAGGAGUAGUAUAGGUUGCACCGGUUAGGCCUCUUUUUUGCGGUGGAAUUUCAUUAACUUGCAUUGGAAACAUUAACGAAGAUGACGCCAUUGAUUUUUUCUUUGUCUAAUGCAUAAAAUGCGGUGGGAUGCGGUGAUAUUUUAAGAUGGUUUAAAUUUUAAUAUAUUUUAGAUCGGUAUUCUUUGGUUUAUGCAUUUUGUCGAAGGAAUAAGCGCUAAAUAAGAAGCCUGUGACACAAAAUCGCCGAGCCAUACCAAAUAAAAUAAACGUUUCCCUCGCUUUCCGAUUGUUUAUAGCAGACAACAAAUUGUCCUAGUUCCGGUCCACUUAUUCUUGGCGGGCAAAUCGUGCAUAUAAAUGGAUUUGAAGGCAAACUGACUUUUUCCAAAACCAAGCGCAUUUUUCGACUUUAGCUACCUCACUCUCCUUUCUAACAUUCACAAUUCAGUUAUCUUGCUUUUGUUUAACUUUUUUGUUUUCCCUCCAUGAUCAUUAUCACCACCACCACCACAUUGCUAUAGAACACUUAACGGAGCUCCUCGCGCUCGCGUGAGCGGAGCCCCAUAGCUAAGAUAAUUUGGUACACUAUCCAUCGGAGAAAUUUUGUUUGUGACGUCAGCGUACUCCGUCCGUCCGUACACUCUUUGGGGUUAGCGAAGGGAAUCAGGUGUAACAUCUGUAGUGUGAAAGUUGGCUAAAACAUCAAUAUUCUAGAUCCGAACAAGUUCGCUUACAUAGCUCUUACAUGGCUGGCUGAUCCAAAAGUUCUGAGCUUAUUUCCUGCUACGACGAUUGGGCAAAAUCGCAUGACAACAGGAAGCUAACCAACAAUGCCUUCUGAGACGUUUCUAAAGUGUUUGAUAGUGUACAGCACGAGUGCCCUCUUUUUAAACUAGAGCGUUACGGCUGCUUCAGUGCAUGGGUAUUGUAAUUUGUCUGGCCGCAUGCAACAAGUCGUCCUGCGUGGUACCUGCUUGUCUUGGUCUCCUGUUUUGUCAGGAAUACCCCAGGGAACAAUUCUCGCGGACCUGUUUUGUUCAUCAUAUCUGGAAACGAUGUGCGCAGGUGACAAAAAGGUUUACAGAAAAAUAUCCGAUAUAAGUAGCCCUCAUUCCCCCUCCCUUUUUUUUGCCUUAAUGGUAUUACUCUGAAAACUGGUAACUAAACUUUUAUGUGAACCUGAGUGUGAAGUUAUGCGAGUGACACACACCCAAAGCAAAUCUGGUAUAAAUUAUACAUUAGUAGCGUAUUGAAAACAACAAAAUUUAGUGGGUUCUGUAAAAGACCUCAUUACAACUUCCCAUGACUUUUCAUGGACUAUAAAAGUGGCUGAGGUUGUCGACGUUUUCUGCGAAGAAGCUCCAAAAGUGAAAAUGGUCUAGCUGGAUGUUUGCCGCCAAGUCAACUCAUAUUGAUAAAAAAAAAUUCAGGCAUGCCAGGCCAGGCCAGGUUCGGGUAAAAGGCUUUCACCAAUUGGACUAGCAAACCAAGUGAAAGCUGGUCAUUAAAGUGGUUGGAAGUAUACCCGCAAAAGAUACGCUUAAGCUGCGGCUAAACGGGCCAAAAAACGUACUGCUUACAGGGGCGUAGCCAGCUUUUUGACUUUUUGUAGGCCCAUCCCUAAGGUGACCCGGUAAUACAGUAGACAGAUCAGACCCUCAAGACUGUUAAUUGUAUGCAUAAUUAGUUGAAUCUGGAGUGUGUAUCUAAACUUCAAGACAUUGAUCUCAGUACCGCAAUAAAAAAGCGCCUUUCUCCAACGAUACUUGUGACAGUCAAUCCAAAUACCUGGAAAAGAAGUUCCAUCUUCCUGUUUCCGGAUGCUGCAAAAUCGUCAACGAUGUCUUCCGCCCUGAAUGACACAUGCUUGUGGAUAUGCAUAGGAGCAAGUCCACUCAAGUGAUAUUCUUCCAUCGUGGACCUCAGGUACGUUUUAAGUCUUCUCUGUGCACUGAAAGACCUCUCUACAGUUGCUGUAGUGAUUAAUAGAGUUAAAAUGCCGUAAAAGCCCUGGAUAAAUUUAGGAACUCUUGUGGGUGACAGUGAGGAAGUGUUUCAACAAUUGUGGUUGGAGGAUCGUGCACUCUAUCCCAACGUGUUUUCCACCGCAGACAUUCACUUUCCUGUAACUGUCUAAUUUCUUUCGGGAUGUCGGGAUUGUACGCGCCCAAAACUUUUUUGACACUGAUCUUAGCUGGAGACCAGUUGCCUACAUUUUUCUGCACAAGAUUUGUUAUAGUAAACAGUAGACUUGGGUUGACAAUACGCGAAUCAAGCUCCGAUAAUACAUCGCUCGUUUGAAGUAGUCACUAUUUGAAUCUGAUGGAACAUUUUCUCGAUUCAACUAUCGGCCAGCUACUCUAGGUUUACAAACUGGGACGUCAUGCUGUGCCGCAACAGAUACUGCCAUUNUGUCUAAUUUCUUUCGGGAUGUCGGGAUUGUACGCGCCCAAAACUUUUUUGACACUGAUCUUAGCUGGAGACCAGUUGCCUACAUUUUUCUGCACAAGAUUUGUUAUAGUAAACAGUAGACUUGGGUUGACAAUACGCGAAUCAAGCUCCGAUAAUACAUCGCUCGUUUGAAGUAGUCACUAUUUGAAUCUGAUGGAACAUUUUCUCGAUUCAACUAUCGGCCAGCUACUCUAGGUUUACAAACUGGGACGUCAUGCUGUGCCGCAACAGAUACUGCCAUUGAUACAGCUUAUUCAAGGACUCGUCGUUACAUUCACUGCGAAGUGAUUAGAUGACCACUUGGGCCUGCGUGUGUACUUGGAGUAGGUCUAGGUCAACCUCUUGAAGAUAGUUGGUAAGAGGCACAAUAAAUUGUAGCAACCAUUCACACGCUACUGAUAAAUCCAGUUGCUUUUGAGUCUAGCAUAUUGUCAAGCACUUCUAAAGCCUUUAAGAUCACGUUAAAUGAUAACUUAAAAGUACACAAAUCGUCAGCUAUUGCGCCCCAACGAGUCUCGCCAAGUGUUCGCACCUUAGUUCGUCUUCCCAUUUGCUCUUGACUUUCAGGUGUUUCUUUUAACGUCUCCUGAAAUUGGUGCUGCAGCUUAGCUGAGAAAGAAAAUUAAAAUGCAAUUUACAGUAGGGUGGACAUCAUGUUCCUUACAAUCCAAUGGUUCUUUAACGCUAGGGGAUUUAAUCUUGUUGCUUCUUUGUUAGUUACAGACUCGAAAGUAUUUCGUAAGAAAUUUUAAGUGUCUUCCAAAAUUAACUAGUUAGUCAUACUACCGUGAAAAGUCAGGCGAGCGGAAAAAAAAGUGUAGGCUUGGGCCUACCACGGGCCUACACGCUGGCUACGCCCGCUUUUACCAACUACGAAACAAACCUGUCUUACAACAAAUCAGGCCGUUGCAUUCUGCUUGAAUUCUAACUUCUAAUUAGCCUGAUUUUCAUCCGAUUACUUCGAGUCGUUAUUAAUCCCUCAGUAACGUCUGAAUCGCCCGGCCGUUAAUGCCGUCCAGUGACGUCACUACUCCUUGACCUUUGCUUUAAUUAAUUCAAGCAAAAAGUAAAACACGAUUUUCAAGUGGCAAACCGAGAAAAAUCGUUUGGAAAUGUCUGCAUGAUACAGAACUGCUUUAUUAUUUUUUUUUUAUCGUAAUUCAUGUUUAACAUUCAAACUAUCAACUGCAUGCAGGACAACUUGAACCAGUUGUACUAAAUUCUAUAAUCAAACUCGGUCGCAAUCACGCAAUGAAAUAAACACACACACGGAACACUUAGUUCAAAAACACAGUGAUUUGCUUUAAUUGAAAAAGAAGCUAUUUGGUCCUUAACAAAGAAAAAAACCAAGGAGACAAGAAAAAAGAGCUAACAGAAUCAUUACACUUCACGGUAAAAAUAGCAAGAAGGUCGAAUUAUAACAUUGAUCUCGGAAAACUUCGCGUAAACAAAAUCACCGGCCGCCGAAACCACAGAGCGGCUCUUAAUGAAAAACCCACCGACUCUCCGCAAUGAUUCUUCAUUCGCAGUUCAAUUUAGCAUUUCAGUUUCGAAGACAAGGGCAAUUCUGCUGUUUGAGAUAAAGAUUAAGCUUGUCGAAAUUUUUGAACUAAACGAAAGAAUGCCAGGGAUGCGAUCCGCUGAAUAUCAAGCGACAAUCCGGCUAAAAUUUUUCAUAAUUAUACAUAAUUAUGCGAAUGUUUAGACAAUCAACCAAUCAAAAUCACUACCCGGUUUUCGGGUAGCGAGUGACGUCACUGGACGGCAUUAACGGCCGGUCGAUUCAGACGUUGUUGAGGGGAGAAAACGACUCGAAGCAAUCGGAUGAAUUUCAGGCUAGACUUCUAAUUGGAUAUUACGCGGGAGUCACGUCAUACAAAACAAGUUUGUUUUGGACCGGGAAAACGCGCAACAUGUACAAAAUUUGUUGCAAAUAGUAGAGCUACUCUACUUUCUGCAACAAAUUUGCGCAACUUACCACAAGCUGAAGUGUUGCAAGACAGGUUUGAACGUGGUUAGUAAAACGCAUGACAUAGCUAUUCAACUCGUUUUGCAGCAAUACUUCAAAAAAAGUUGCACGUUCUUGCUGUCCGUUCUAUCGUGCCUUAGGUGGCUCGAAUGGAUUUUUGGCAAUUUCCAAAAAGACUGAGUAUUAACUACGUCGGUCAAGCAGACUAUUUAAAUUUUAUAAGGCUCUCGAGAUAGCUGAUUUCAACAGGUAACUGAAAGAACGAUGUAGUAUCCUAGCAGGUAGAAUGACAGGUGAUUGAUUUAUCAGACAACUAGCAUGUUAAGUCUUACAGUCUUACCUGGCUGUGAAAUCCACGCUGAGCUUAUGAAUCAACUCUGGUAUUUCGGUCUAUCGGAGCUAUUUUACUGAAUGCAUCAAAACCUGCAGACAAAAAUCUCGGUACGUAUUUUCUCGAGUAAGGGGUUAAGUUCUUUUCUAGAGUAGCGUGCUGGUUAGAGGUCCUCUUAACAUCGUGAUGCAGAUAUUUUGGAGGGUCUUUCUAAUCAUUUCCUUGAUGGAAUUUAGAGUAGACUUAUCAAAAGUGCACGGUAUGUCUGUGUUAAGGACAAACGAAAAAGGAUUUGGCAAGCUAGAUGACAAACUAAAGACGUCACCUACUUAUGAACAUCAGAUAACUCAAGAAAAAAUCGAUCUACUNACAAAUUUGCGCAACUUGACACAACCUAAAGUGUUGCAAGACAGGUUUGAACGUGGUUAGUAAAACGCAUGACAUAGCUAUUCAACUCGUUUUGCAGCAAUACUUCAAAAAAAGUUGCACGUUCUUGCUGUCCGUUCUAUCGUGCCUUAGGUGGCUCGAAUAGAUUUUUGGCAAUUUCCAAAAAGACUGAGUAUUAACUACGUCGGUCAAGCAGACUAUUUAAAUUUUAUAAGGCUCUCGAGAUAGCUGAUUUCAACAGGUAACUGAAAGAACGAUGUAGUAUCUUAGCAGGUAGAAUGACAGGUGAUUGAUUUAUCAGACAACUAGCAUGUUAAGUCUUACAGUCUUACCUGGCUGUGAAAUCCACGCUGAGCUUAUGAAUCAACUCUGGUAUUUCGGUCUAUCGGAGCUAUUUUACUGAAUGCAUCAAAACCUGCAGACAAAAAUCUCGGUACGUAUUUUCUCGAGUAAGGGGUUAAGUUCUUUUCUAGAGUAGCGUGCUGGUUAGAGGUCCUCUUAACAUCGUGAUGCAGAUAUUUUGGAGGGUCUUUCUAAUCAUUUCCUUGAUGGAAUUUAGAGUAGACUUAUCAAAAGUGCACGGUAUGUCUGUGUUAAGGACAAACGAAAAAGGAUUUGGCAAGCUAGAUGACAAACUAAAGACGUCACCUACUUAUGAACAUCAGAUAACUCAAGAAAAAAUCGAUCUACUCAAGCACUCAGUUGAAAGGAAUCCUUUCGACAUAUGGUUUUUCAAAGACCGUUUUCGCUCUCAAGCAGUUAAAAUAUUGUUUACAAGACUUUGGAACAAUGGUAUUGUCUUUAGAGGUAAAACAGCGAAAAGCUUAAAGAAUGCUAUCCUACGAUCACUUAACGGUGAAAAUAUAAACAUUGUUAUAAUGGGAGGUUCAAUCUCAGCAGGUGGAGGAUUAAACUACGACAGAGAAGACCUCAGGGGAGUGUACUACCGCGUUUUUGCUGACUGGUGGCAGAAAGCCGUAGAACCUUUUACGGAUUCCUCCGCUAAAAUUCAUAACCUGGCUAUUGGUGGAACAUGCAGUAACUUUUUCGCUUUUUGUUACAGAGCGUUACUAGGCCCAGGCACUGACAUAGACCUGGCGCUUCUUGACUUUACCGUCAACGAUUACAUGCAGUUUGCAGGUUCCAAAUUUCCCUCAGCCUUACCGUUAGAACAGCUCAUUCGAGAAGUUCUGGGGGAGAAAACAUCCCCAUCCAUUCUUUUCGUAAACUUUGUUCAAGGACAAGCAAACAUUCCCGUAUGUAAUAACCUAGAGAACCACGGUCAAACAAUGCUCGCACAAAAUUAUGGAAUAACCUCAAUAACGCUCCGUAAUUUCCUCUGCUCGAAUCCAUCAAGAGGCAGAAAGUAUCCAAGACUGUAUACCUCUGAUGGUAACCACCCGAGUAUUUUGGCUCACGCACAAAUCGGUUUAAUGAUUAUACAUUAUGUGCGAAAGAUAAUCUUAGAAGUAAUUGCCAGCUUGGCCAUUUCUAAGAGAACUUUUCCAAAUGUACCUUUGCCUUCAAAUCGCAAAAAUGUGGUUUUAAACCGUAAUUCUCCAAAUCUCAGUGAUCUCCCAAAACCAGUGUUUACGAAGAAUCUGAUGGAAUUUCUUGACAACCCACGCUGUUUUACACGCAUUGUACCGGAUGCCACCCAAACUUCGUUAGUACAUCAAACACUUCAGGUAAAAGUAAUCGGAAAAUCCAGAUUUCAGGUUUUGGAGAAGACGUUGAUAAAUCGACCGGGCCACGUGACUCCAGUCAAGACUCCUAACUAUGGCUUACAGAAAUUUCGGACGGAUGCUUAUAGUGGAUGGAUGGCGCAUUCUAGGAAUUCUAUUCUUGAACUGGAAAUAUUCCUGCCAUUAGUCAAAUUGUCCUCUAUGGAUAAACGAUAUAUGAUGAAGGGUGAACCUAAAAGAAGCGUUGUUAUAGCCAUUCGAACGCACACAAAUGGGGCAACCGCCAGUGUUUGGGUCGACGAGUUCGAGGAAAAUGGAGUUUUGAUAAAAACUAGCUCCCCCUUUGGACACACCAGACUCCAUACCAUUGUUCAGCACGUGACACAGGUGAUAAUACAUCGCUCGUUUGAAGUAGUCACUAUUUGA